UUGAAAUCAGUGGUGUUUGUAUUUGUCUCUCCAUCCACUCGCAGGUACUACAGUGCCACCAUUUUGCAGAUGUCCGGCGUUGAAGACGACAGGCUUGCAAUCUGGCUGGCUGCACUGACAGCAUUUAUAAACUUCAUUUUUACUCUCGUGGGCGUCUGGCUCGUUGAAAGAAUGGGUCGCCGGAAACUUACACUUGGUAGCUUAACAGGUACUGCUGUAGCACUCAUUAUCCUAGCUUCGGGAUUUUUGCUAUCAGCUCAGGUCUCGCCAAGAAUCACUCUUAAUCCACCAGAUCCUUCACAUCAAAACUCUACCUGCACAAAAUACAGUUAUUGUAAUGGAUGUAUGUUAGAUCCAGACUGUGGUCUCUGCUACAAAUUGAAUAUGUCAGGUGUUGUUGAGUCGUCUUGCAUUCCUGUUGAUAAGGAUUCUACAAUGAAAGCAGCGUGGGGCAGGUGUUCAAAUGAAACAGUAUUCAAAAAAGAAGAUUUGUUCUGGGCAUACAAUUUCUGCCCCACUCCAUACUCUUGGACAGCACUUCUGGGCCUUAUUUUGUACUUGGUUUUCUUUGCACCUGGGAUGGGUCCUAUGCCCUGGACUGUCAAUUCUGAAAUUUACCCACUUUGGGCUAGAAGUACAGGAAAUGCGUGUUCCUCUGGAGUCAACUGGGUUUUCAAUGUGCUCGUGUCACUGACAUUUCUGCAUACGGCCGAAUAUCUGACAUACUAUGGAGCCUUCUUCCUCUACGCAGGGUUUGCUGCCCUGGGACUGGUGUUCAUCUACGGCUGCCUUCCUGAGACUAAAGGGAAAAAACUAGAGGAAAUUGAGUCUUUGUUUGAAAACAGGCUAUGUACAUGUGGUAUGUCAGAUUCUGAUGAAGGGAGGUAUAUUGAGUAUAUUCGGGUGAAGGGAAGUAAUUACCAUCUUUCUGACAAUGAUGCUUCUGAUGUGGAAUAA